CAUAGAAACACAGAACAAGUCCUCAUCAUUCUGUUUCGUUGCUCAUCUAGUGAUCCCACUGUUGUAAUAAUUUCUUUGCCAGGCUCCUGCAAUGAGCUUGGCUCUCUCUCCAUCUGCUUCAAUGAAACCUCCAAGAGGAAAGCUUCCCCUUUCUGUCAUCACUGUCAUUUGCUGCUCUGCAUUUCUUGCUCUUUUGUUUGCUAACACUUCCAGGUCUUUUUUCAAGCUUAACUCCUGUCCUAGGAGACUUGUUGCCAAAAAGUCAAAGGAUAAAGCUGCGGUGGAUAAUCUUAAAAGCUUCGAAAUGGAUGACAGAUUCGAGUUCGACCCUGAAGAGUGCAGUGUUAAUACUGGAAAGUGGGUUUUCAACAAAUCACUCAAACCUUUUUACACAGACAGCAGCUGUCCCUAUUUAGACAGGCAAGUUUCUUGUGUCAAGAAUGGACGACGAGAUUCUGAUUACCAGCGAUGGCAAUGGCUGCCCGACGACUGUACUUUGCCCAGAUUUAAUCCAGAGGUUGCACUUAAGAAACUGAGGGGGAAGAGGCUGAUGUUCGUCGGGGAUUCACUACAAAGGGGUCAAUGGCAGUCAUUUGUCUGUAUGGUGGAAUGGAUAAUACCUGAAGACAAAAAAUCCAUGAAAAGGGGUCUGUUUCUUUCUGUCUUCAGAGCCAAGGAAUAUGAUGCCACCAUUGAAUUCUAUUGGGCUCCAUAUCUUAUUGAGUCCAAUACUGAUCAACCCAUUAUAGGAGAUCCAAAGAAGAGAAUACUAAAAGUUGAUUCAAUUGAAAAGCACUCCAAAAACUGGGGAGGAGUUGAUAUUCUAGUGUUCAAUACUUAUGUUUGGUGGAUGAGUGGUCUCACACUCAAAACACUCUGGGGUUCAUUUGGAAAUGGAGCAGAAGGCUAUGAAGAAUUGGAUACUCCAGUAGCUUACAAGAUAGGAUUAAAGACAUGGGCUAACUGGGUAGACUCAAAUAUAAAUCCCAACAAGACCCGAGUCUUCUUUACCACGAUGUCACCUACACAUACAAGAAACGAAGAUUGGAACAAUACAAAAGGGAUAAAAUGCUUCAAUGAAACAAAGCCAGUAAUGAAGAAGAGGUACUGGGGAAGUGGGUCUGACAAGAGAAUGAUGAGUGUGGUGGCUAGCAUAGUUGGGAAAAUGAAAGCUCCAGUGACGAUCCUUAACAUAACACAAUUAUCAGAAUACCGCAUCGAGGCUCAUACGUCAGUGUACACUGAGAAUGGAGGAAAAGUUUUGACAGAGAAAGAAAAGGCCGAUCCACUGCGCCAUGCAGAUUGCAUACAUUGGUGCUUGCCUGGAGUUCCCGAUACUUGGAAUCAAAUAUUUCUUGCUUAUUUGUAGGCUGUAGCUGCAGACUCGAAAAGCUUCUUAAUGAAGAGAAUUCAUGUGUUCCUUCUCAUCAACUUUGUACAUAGCACGCCAUUUGGGAUUUUUCUUGUUAUA